UAGAUGCUUACCGAACCAAAUAUCGAUAGAAGUUUCGUUGAAGAUUAAAUUAAAUUACUCUAAAGAGAUAUUAAUUGUAUCAUCGAUUAGGUGAGUGAUUCUUCUAUCAUUUAGGAUAGAAAUCUUAGGAAGUAAGGAUUGGCAAAACUUUAAGAUUUCUUUAAAGUCAAAUCAAAUCCUUCAGAGCGCAUAUAUAUUUUCGAUGCUUAUGCACUUAAGAAUCUCUUAAGAGUGUUUGAAGAUCAAGUAGAGAGAAACAGAGAAACUGCUAUAAAUAUUGUGUUAAAUUAUCUUGAUCUCCACAAUUAACAUUUUAAUGCAGAGACUCUCAGGUUAAUCGUUGACACAAUCAUUAAUCGACUCAAUCAAUUGCCAUUUGCAGAAACUAGCGAAGAAAUACGAUUAGCAUUAAUUAAAUUGUUACAUCAAAUUCAAGUGAAACAUGUUAAAGCCUAUUCCAAUAAUUUAUAGAGACUAGCACAUAUGAUCGGAAAAGCUCUUCAAGACAAUUUCCCAGAAGUCAAAAAAGUACUUAAUAUAUAUAACUUUUUAGGAUGCAGCCAUAUUUGCAGCUGAAAUAUCAAAAAAACUACCCAUUGGGGAGUAUAUGGGAGAAGCAGUCAAAUCUCUAAAUUCAAAUAUGCAGCAUGCACAUACUAAGAUUAGAAAGGCAACUGUUGAUGUAAGAUUUCAUUGAAUAUUUUUAAAGAGUAUAGCUCCUAUUCUUCUGAGCAGAACCAAUGGAACAUUCCUAGAGAUUGUAUUGAAUAAUUUAAGGAAUCUCUCUUUAGAUAAAUCCUCUGAUGUAAGAAAAGGCACUCUAAUUGCAGUUGCUGAAUUAUUGAUGCACUUUUCCAUUCAAAAUUUGAACACCUUUGAGAACAACUUAAUCCUCAUUUUAAUGAACAGUUUGAGUGAUGAUAGCAAAGAAAUAUAAAAUUUGUCUAUGCAACUUUUAGAUUAGAUUGGAAUGAAGAGGCAAAAAUUGGAUUAAGAAGCCAAUUUGUGA